CGUCUGCCCUCGCUUCACUGCUCCCUCUCCCCCCUUCCCCCACCACCCCUCUCUCUCUCUUUCUCAUAUAUGUGACUGAUCAUUUUUUCCCCUUCCCGGUUGUCAAUCCAUAUUAAAUCGAUUGACGAUAUUCUUUGGGUAAUUCUUUUGGUGGUAUACUCUUGCUUUCCCCUCUUGUUGGGAUAUUUUCUUUGACUAGGUAACUCGGUUUCUUCAGUUCUCCCUGCUUCUCUUGAAACAAUCAUCCGAUUUUCAUUUAUUAUAGCUCGCUUCUUGGCCUUGUUUUUUUUGUUCUUGAGUGGCUUUAGAGGUGGGGUUUUGUGUGUCAUUCGUUGCGGCUAUAAUGGAAAUUGCUCAUUGGGCGUGUUUUAUGUGUUAGUAAUCCAACCAUUCUGAAGUGUACAGUACAGGAUAUUGGUUUUUGGGUAUUGCUUACUUUUGGGCGAUCUUUUCGCUGCUAGAAUUUGUGAGUUGUGAUCUUAACACGGGGUAAUGGUAGGAAUUUUUUGGCGGGUUGUCGAUACGAUCGGUUUUCUUUCGUUUUUUCUUUCCCGAAUCUUUGAAAUAGAUGUCAGUUCUCCAAACAAGUUGUUGAGAGGGUUUUUGGGGAUUGAAGGCAUGAAAUGAGGAGUUAGGUAACUUACUUUCUGUGAGCUAUUGGUGUUUUGGUUGAAGGAGAAUGGCAAAAAAAGUUAAGAAGAAGGGUCGUCACGCAUCAGGGCAGAAGGAUAAGAGAUCUCCAUUGCCAGCAGCUCCAAAUAGAGUAGAUAUUGCUAAGAAAUUGGUGGUGGACAGAGAGAAGCUCGGAUUUGCAGAGAAGAAGUCGUGCAAACACGUCAAUAAGGGUAUUGAUUUGGAGAAGGUUUCGACUAGGAUUAGGAAAUUUGGGAGGAUACAUUGCCAAGAUUGUCGCAGUGCAACCGAAAGAAGAGAUAAGAAAGGAAGGAACAAACAGGCUAGAAGUAAAGGGAGUGUUCAAGAGAGUGGUGGCUCUGAUUGCAUUUAUAUUUGCUUGGCUUGUGGCCAUCUGAGUUGUGGGCAGUCUGAUCCCUCGAACAAUACAAGCCAUGCAUAUAGACAUUGGCAUUUCGCGCAUCAUCCAAUCGCAGUUCAGUGGGACAAUCCGGUUUCCUGCUGGUGUUUCGAGUGCAAUGUGUUUGUUGUGGGAGAUGGGAAGGAGACAGAGGAAGGUAAUGAUGAGUGUGGUAAAGGCAGUGGGAUUGUGUCAGAUGUACUGAGAUUGAUAAAGGAACAUUCCAUGAAGGAUAGUCAGACUAAUGUUGAACAAGUAUUGGUAGACAUGAAUGCUAGAGACAAUGAUGAGCAACCCGAAAUUCAUGAAAAUUCAGUCUCGGAGUGUAAGGAAGGUCGACUUGGAGAUGGCUAUGCGGUUAAAGGUUUGAUUAAUCUUGGGAACACAUGUUUUUUCAAUUCAGUAGUGCAGAACUUGCUUGCGUUAGACUCAUUACGCGAGUAUUUUAUGAAUGUCAACAUGUCAAAUAUUGGAUCACUCUCAUCGGCCAUGAAGAAGCUGUACCAUGAAACAUGCGUCAAUGGGAUUGACAAAGAACAUAGGGAGUCGAGUUUUGGAUCCCGCAUUAGUGGUACCAUAAAUCCAAAAAGCCUUUUCAACUGUAUUUGUUCCAAGGCGCCUCAGUUUAGGGGAUAUCAACAGCAGGAUAGUCAUGAGUUGCUCCGCUACUUGCUUGAUGGGCUGAACAGUGAAGAUCUGUUGAUGAAAAAAUCUGGUGGCAAUGAAGCGGAAGGUGAAGAUACAAAAAGGUCAGACUCUACUGAGACUUUUGUGGAUAGGAUUUUUGGAGGCCAACUUUCUAGCACUGUGAGUUGUCUGGAGUGUGGGCACUCGUCAGUUGUAUAUGAACCCUUUUUAGAUCUUUCACUGCCUGUUCCAAUGAAGCGGCACCCUCCUGAAAAGGCAACAGCAGUUCCUUCUACAAAGAAGCCAUCAAGUAAAGUAGGAAACCUUAAUAGAGGGAGGAGGACCCUAGAAAAGGGAAUCACGGUUGCAUCCCCCAGACUAAAAAAUCUAUCACCAGAUCCAACCAACAACCUUUUGCCACCCUGUGAGAUAUCUUCUUCAAAGUGUUAUUCUAGUGUGCCUAUUUUAGAAGAAACUGCGAUUCAGGAUGAAGAGUUUUCCUGGAUGGACUAUGUAGGGCCUACUAUUGUCUCAGAUGAGUCAUCUUGUCUGGCGAAUUUUGAUGUUUCAGAAGAUCAUGCAGAGAACUAUGGUUGCUCAACCACUUCUGCAGCUACAGAAGAUGGUUGUAUGCCUGCUACCGAACUUGCUGGCCAUAAUUUUGAAAAUGGUCGUCCAGUUUUUGAAUAUGAACAUCAUUCUAGCCAAUUGAACUCUACUAAUGGGACAGAAAUUCAAGUUGAGAACAACUUAUCUUAUCAAUCUGAGCUUGAAAACGAAGGCACAAGUAGCUUACCUGAAGAAUGCUCAACCAGCAGUUUUUGCCCUGGAAAGGAACAUAAAUUGCCAGAUUACGAGCCCCCUAGUGAGAGCAGAAUCAUAGAUGAGCUCCCUUUGUUGGUCCAAGAUUCUCAAGUUCUGUUGCUUCCUUACAAAGAACUUGAUUCUUCUCCAAUUGAUAUUACAGAAGCGACAAAUGAUCCCCCUAAUUUUGGUUCUCAGGCUUAUGAUAAUGUCCCACUGGAGCAGUUAAAUGUAGAGACAUCAUCUAUGGUUGCCUAUGAAGAGAAGGAUGUGGACUUUGACGGGCUUGGAGACUUAUUUAAUGAACCAGAGCCUGUUGAGUCUGGACUGGCUAGUGAGAGCCUUCGACCAACUGAAGAGAUUGGGAUGCAAGAUCCAUUGGAGAUGGAAACUAUUUCAUUGUCUGGAAACUGCGGUGAAUCUAAUCAUGAAGAGGUUGAUGACACAAACUGUCCAGUGUCUGUUGAUACGUGCUUGAUUGAUUUCUUUAAACCCGAACUUCUUUCUGAAGAGCAUGCAUGGAACUGUGAGAAUUGUGCAAAGAUUGUCAACUGCCAAAGUCAGUUGGAUGGCCAAGAACAAUACAUUUUACUGGAUAGUGGAGAAAUACCAUCAAAAUCAGAGGAAAGUGGGGAUGAUUCUAGAACAUGGAAACUGCAUAUUGUUACCGACCAAAGCAUUGUUGCAGCAUCAGAAAAUGUGCCGCAGUGUCAUGAUGUGGUGGAUCAAGACUCAGUUUCAAAGGCCCUUUUGUCAAAUGCACAUCAAAAUACAGACCAUGCUCAAUUGAACGACUCGCCUAAUGAUAAUGUAUGUGGUUCAGAGCAGCUUGUUGCGACUUAUGUGAAUGUUGGUCAGGCUUCAAAAACUAAGCAUCGAGUGUCAGGCAAAUUGGCUAAAUCAAAGGGAAAAAAGGCAAACUUGACAGACUGCAAGACUGUGGUGAUGAAGAGGGACGCGACAAAAAGAUUUCUCAUCAGCAAAGUUCCUCCUGUUCUAACAGUUCACUUGAAGAGGUUUAGUCAAGAUGCACGUGGCCGCUUGAGCAAAUUAAGUGGACAUAUAAAUUUUCAGGUCGUUCUUGAUUUGAGCCCAUACAUGGAUCCAAGGUGUAAAGAUAAAAGCUGCAUCUACCAUCUUGUGGGCGUCGUGGAGCACUCUGGUACAAUGAGGGGCGGGCAUUAUGUUGCUUAUGUGAGAGGUCAGGAGAACAGGAGCUCCUUCGCAGUUGCCCAGGAUAGUCACUCUGCUAGUGUUUGGCAUUACAUAAGUGAUAAUUAUGUACGUCAAGUGUCUCUAAGAGAAGUUCUUCAGAGUGAAGCAUACAUUUUGUUUUAUGAAAGACAUGGAAAAUAGCCAUUCAGUACCCAUCGUCCGUGGAGCGUGGACCAAUCCCCGUAAAUAGCAAUUCUUUAGGUCAUGCUGCAUGCUGAUUGCUGAAUUGAGUGAUGCAUUCAGUUUUCAUGAUGAAGAUCCGUGAUACCUUUUUGGCCCAUAAAGGCAGCAUGAGCAGCGGCAGCAGAGAAAAGAAAUGCGAAUACACACAGUAAAUUUUGAGAAAUGUAAAACUCAAAUAUGGGCCUUAAUUUUUUUUGUAAUGUUGAAUAGCUCCCAUUGCCAUGUAUCAUGCAUAUCAUGAUAGGCCCAAAUUUUUGCAAUACAAAUGAUCUGGUUAUCUCAUUUGCCUCCAUAAGUUUUUUCCUCCCAGGGUA